AUGUCGUUCAGUCCAGAGAACUCCCUGGCAGCCCUUCCUGAGGGGGGCAUGGAGGAUGCGGGUGUUGACGAGGGACUGACGGCGGUCACGGACGAUGUGGCGCCUCCGUCCAAUACCCCUGCCGCCACAAUGCCCAACAGCACACCAAAAAGAGCCAGAAGAUCACAGGGCCGACCCGGAAAAGCAGACCCCGACCCGGACUCUGAAACCCCGGCUUCAAUGGCUAUACCGACGUCAAUGACGGGGGUUGCGCAGGGUCUUGUACCAUUCGAGGACGAGUCUGAGCUAUCGGAUCUGUCCGACUCGCCGAUCAAACGACCCUUGCCAAAGCCAAAGACCGAACGCAAGGCAAAAUCAAGACAGUCAUUGCCCAAGAGACCUUCGGGACAAAGCAGCAGUGAGGAAGGGGAAAGCGAUGAGAGCUUCGGGAAGAAGAAGCGUGCGCCGGCAAAAGGGAAAGCCCGGGGUACACGGACAGCGAAUGCAACCCCAACAAAGGGUAGACGUGCUCGAGCAGCUGCCCCCGUUGAGGAUCCCGACAGCGAAUACGAGUCUGGAUCGCAUGAGGGGCAGAAAGAUGAAAGGUCUCCGGAGAAGGGCAAGAAACGCCAGAGCUUAGCUGCCAAGCGUAAAUCCACCACCGGAGAUGUGAACGGGAGCGCCAAAAAGCCAAUCAAGCGCACCAAGUUGGGGGCAUCAAGUCCCUCUCUAUAUGACGACGACGCCAGAAUGUCCUCUCCUUCUCAACCGAAAUCGCAACACCGGAAGGCGGCUCCGAGGGGCUCCCAGGCAUCUAUGACAAAAGGGAAAGGGAAGAAGGUUGACAAGGAUGAGGCCCCACCUUUGUCUGACUUCUUGAAUAGUUUCCAAGAUGCGCCGGAUAAUCAGAAUCACGACGUAUUGAUGCGUAUGUUUGAGGACUCGGGUGACGAGAUGAAGGAACAGCAAGGCGGUGAAGAAUUAUCCAAUGACGAAGACGUCCCCGCAUUCAGGCCUACCACAAGACCGGACGCGCUCUUUGAUACUUGUUUUGUGUUUGCUAAAUAUCCCAAGACGGCCGGGAGUUGGUACAUUGGCGAAUUCUUGGAGUUUCGCCCCGCCAAGAAUGAGGUUGACAAACAGGCCGGAAAGGAUUAUUGCGUAGUCAAAGAUUUCAAUGGCGAGGUGCACGAAAAAAUCAAGUUGGAGGAUAUCGUCACGAGAAAAGACGAACGGAUCGCUACGAUCAAACUUGGGAAUUACGAUUUCACCGAUAGCGGUGAUCAAAAGUUCACUUCUGAUGCCGACUUUCGCCCGCCGUCUCCUCCCCCCCAAGAUCCUUCACCGGACGCCGGCCCCAGCCACCCCACACCGAUUCCAACACAACAAGAGCUUUACCCCGACGACUACAGCGAUCUUCCCACCGCAAAACAACUCUGUCUUAUUCGCCCUCAUCUCCAAUCGGUGCUAGAUGAAUCCUACCCACCGGCGCAGUGGCGCAUGGACGCGUUCCAUCGUGGCAGGAACGACAGAGAGUCUUUGAAGGCACAGGGGAAUAGCGGGGACUACUCGGAGGACGAGAUUGUCGGUGUGCUGCUGCCAGAGCUGAAGAGGUGGGCACUGAGAAGGGAGAGGUGGAGGGAAGCGGAGGCAAGUUAUAUCUCACUGUCAACAGUCGACCAUUUUCUGACUCCUGGACAGCAACGUCCACCAGAGCCCCCCCGACCAUCUGGCUCGAGGCGUUACGAAGCCCUCUCGCCCUCUGAUCGCGACCUCUUUGUGCAGCUCAUACUCUUGCCCGAAGCCAUCGUCGAGAUUUGCAUACGCUCGCACGCCCCCGGCGUGCUUGUGGAAAAGUUGAAAGAAUUGCAGGAGGCGGAGGUUCAUGGAGCAGAUGACUCUGAUGCUUGCUCGUUGAUAUCGUCCGUCCGAGAUUCGGAUGAUGAGGAUGAGGAGAGAAUGGCCAAUCGGGAUGCGGGAACCCCAAGAGUAGAACUGGGUGCAGGAGCUAAAGUCGUUAAUGAGAGAGACCCUCGUGAACAGUCACAGGUGGCGAGGGAUGAAGAGCCGCCCACAGAACCUGAAGCCCAUAGGGAGGGAGAGGAUCAAUCAUCGAACGCGGGUACUGUCAUAGCGAGCACUGCUUCCAUCGCGAAUCCCUCACUGCGAAGCCCGCCUCAGCCAUCCUCGGUCCUCACUCCUGCCUCGCUCCCCCGGCCUUCUCCCGCCCCCGACUUGGCGCCCCUCGCAGAGGACCCCAUGCUUCUUUAUAAAGCCGCACGUGAGCACCUGCUCGAUCUCAGCAAAGAGGACACGGCGAAACGCUGGAGUAUGGGCGAGGCAAUUUUGAAAAGGGCAAGAGAGAACGCGAGAGAAAGAAUCGGGCUGGCGCCGGAACAUCUAAGCAAGGAGGAGAUGAAGGAGUGGGAGGCGAAGAGGGCGCAACCGUUCGGGAGCGAAAGGCCGAUGAGGAGGGUGAGGAGUGGAAGGUCGAACUAUCAGUAG